AUGGAGCUGGAAGAUCGGAGACGGUUUCCACUGGAGGCUCGCAUAAAGGAGGUGCUCAUUGGUCAGGAAGGUGCCAUAUCAGCUGUGGCUGCCGCAAUUCGUCGCAAAGAAAAUGGCUGGUACGACGACGAGCACCCACUUGUAUUCCUGUUCCUUGGUUCCAGUGGCAUAGGCAAAACUGAGUUGGCAAAGCAAGUUGCCCACUACUUGUACAAAGACCCGAAAAAGGCCUUCAUACGCAUCGACAUGUCUGAAUAUCAGGAAAAGCAUGAGGUAGCCAAAUUCAUCGGCUCUCCUCCAGGAUAUGUUGGUCACGAAGAAGGCGGACAGUUGACGAAGAAGCUUGCCGAAUUCCCGAACGCCGUUGUACUUUUUGACGAAGUGGAAAAGGCGCAUCCCGAUGUAUUGACCAUUAUGUUGCAGCUUUUCGAUGAAGUAAGUUUUGAUUGUCGAAAACUUUUUGAGCUUAGCGUGCUAGCAUUAAUUUAUUUACUUUUAAUUUUGUUAAAUUUUUAUUAGUU